CGUUCUAGGAGUGAGCUUCACAGUUAUGAAAAAGCCAUUUCCUGGCAAGGAAGAUUUCUCAAAGUUCUUAGGAAGUCAGCAAUGAAGACAGAAGGAAAAAGAAACAGUCUGUCUGCUAACAAUGGAAUCCUUCUGAGACCAGCAACAAGUAAUGGUCUGGGAAUGAAUGCAAAUUUUCGCCUCAGAAGAAAGUUCAACAAAAUCAUCAAAGUGGUCAUCGAUGAACCUACAGACCUUUUAAGCUGGCAAACUACUGCGGACUGGACGAGAUCAUCUUUACUACAAAUCUCUAAUGUCUCUUCACUCAGCUGUCUCUGCAGUACACAGGUACCUUAUCCUAGCUUAUACCACUCUUACGGAGUCACUUCUCGAAGCACUUGCUAAGCAGUUGGGUCAUCUGAACGCAUCCCCUGUACUUGCUGCUGGUGAG